AUGAAGUCCUUCAUCGCACCUGCACUCGUCUCCCUGGCGCUUUCCACCUUGGGCAACGCUGCCUCCGUCCCUGCUAAGGCCGCUCUCACACGUCGCGCAGACUUCUGCGAUCAGUGGGGUACUGCCACCACCAGCGACUACAUCCUUUACAAUAACCUCUGGGGCCAGGCCGAUGACCCAUCCGGCACCCAGUGCACUGGACUCGACUCCGUCAACGGCAACACCAUCGCAUGGCACACCUCAUGGUCGUGGGCCGGCACCGCGUGGCAGGUCAAGAGCUAUGCCAAUGCCAAGCUGCAGUUCACUCCUAGAACUCUGAGCGCUGUCAACAGCAUCAAGUCCGUCUGGAAAUGGAGCUACUCCACCACCAAUGUCGUCGCCGAUGUCGCCUACGAUAUGUUCCUCAGCUCUACUGCUAACGGCAGCGAGGAGUAUGAGAUCAUGGUGUGGCUUGCUGCCUACGGUGGUGCCGGCGCCAUCUCGUCUACCGGCCAGCCCAUCGCUACUGUCACUAUCAGCGGUAGCGUGUGGGAUGUGUACGUCGGUCCUAAUGGUGCCAUGACCGUGUACAGCUUCGUCGCUAAGUCUCCCAUCACGAGCUACUCCGGUGAUCUCUUGGACUUCUUCAAGUACCUCCAGACCAACCAGGCUCUGAGCUCCAGCUUGUACUUGAUCGCUGUUCAGGCUGGCACUGAGCCUUUCACUGGCAAGGCCAGCAUGGCUGUUUCUUCUUACUCUGUCUCUGUUGUUUAA